AUGGCAGAACAAGAAUCUAUGUUAGAAUGGGAAAAUCAAAAUAAUAAUAAUGUUACAAAAUCAACUAAAGACUACACUGUUCAUAAAUCUGUGUUUAUCUAUAUUUGUGUUAUAUGUUUUGGAAUUGGAACAUGGCUCGAUUUGAAUGGCGUGUGGAUGGAGAUUCCAUUGAUUGUUAAUAAAGUACCUGAAGGAUGGAAAUUAUCGGCUAAUCUAGGUUUAAUGUCUAAUCUGGCAAAUAUUGGUCCAUUAUCUGUAAUAUUAUUACGUCGCUUUAUUAAUAAAUCAACGGCGUAUGAAGUACCCGUUAAUUUUAGUAUAUUGCUAGUGGGCGUUGUGGCUUUAAUAGCUCUCAGUUGUUUAUGGGAUAAAAGUGUCUAUUUUCUGAGUCAACACCGAAGUGUAUGGAUGUUAAGUCUUUGUUUUUGGUUAGGUGUCGUGGACUGUACAUCAUCAGUAACAUUUGCACCAUUUAUGUCAAGAUAUCAACCAUUGUAUCUCAAUGGAUUAUUCACGGGAGAAGGUUUAAGUUCGUUACUGCCAGCCUUGUUAGCUAUCCUUCAAGGUGUUGGAGGAGAGGCAAAAUGUGUUCAACAACUUGUAUGGGACAAAACUUCAAAUCAAAGCGUUAAUAUGACUGUUCAAGAGACGGUAUCACCGCGAUUUUCCGUUGGAGUAUAUUUUCUUUGCAUAACCGGUUUAAUGUGUUUAUCGUUCUUCUCGUUUAUUGUUUUGAUAUUAACAAAAACCGGUAAACAUGAAAUUCCUUCUGCUGUCACUCAGGAAACAAAUAAUCAAUCAUCGGAAAAACAGCAACAACAGCUAAAUAGUCCUGUAAAUCAACCUUUGUCGACCAAUUUUUGGUAUUCAGAACAUGGACUAUUUCUUGUGUUUAUUUUUUGGAUCAGUUUCGUUCUCCUCGGAUGUAUACCGUCGAUAAACACAUACUCACUAAAUCCAUAUGGGAUAAAAACCUUUCAUUGGACUAUUAUCCUUUGUAAGUAAUGAGCGUCUUUCCAAUAUAAAAUACAAUCCAUGUUAGUGAUGGACAAAGUGACAUACCCUCUGGGUCUUACGGGUUUUUGACGUUGUCCUAUCUGAUGGUGCUAUUGAAUUGGGUUGAUUCGGAUUUGCGAGUGAACUUCUUGAAAACCCAAUUUUUGAGCACAGGGCUUUCGAAAACAUUGAAAUUAAAAAUAUUCGCCGUUAUCAUUUAGUUUUUUAAACAAGCUCAUUCGACAGAGUUCACUUUUAGCUAAAAAAAUAG